CGCACUUCUUACAAAGUAACAAAACCUUCAUCAAAGUUCGCAACUUUUUUAUCAGUUCUCUGCAAUUCUUGUCAUCUUGGUAGCUUCAUUUCUCUAUAUUAGCAACGGGGUCUUGUCCAUUCUCUUAAUCAAACCCACCCACCAGAAGGGAUUUUCUUUUGUCUCCGCAGACAUGGAAUGGUAUUCUGACGAUUGUAUUGAUGAUUUUGAGGUUCCCAAGGAUCAAGAAGUAUAUGAUAGGCUUCCAUCACCAGAGAGUUGGUCGAAAUGGUGUACGGAUGCAUCAGAAAGUCAUGAGUUUUCUAACCAAAGUCUUCCUAUGGAUUCAAAAUUGACUGAGGAAGAACUCAAAUUCAAUGGUGAAAUUUUAAACAAUGAGGUUGAAAGUUUCUACAAUGGUGAAGAUCAGUCUAGUGGUUCAAGAACAAGUAGAGGAUUUUCUGAAGACUCCUUUCCCCAGAAUGCCCUGUCAUGCGACCAGUCAGAUUACCAGCUUGAUGAUCUUGCAGGAAUCGAACAAUUGGAUGAAAUUUUCUUUUCCUUACUCGAAGACCAACCUACGAAUGAAAAUCUUCAUGGCUCGUUUUGCUUUUCUCCUGAAGCAGAAUGUGCCAUGAUAUCCGCUGAUAAUCGCUUGACUGACAAGAUUUUAGAUUUGCAAAGUAUUUUGAAUGAUGCACGUGGCAUGGGAAGCUCAAAGUAUCUCAAAACACAUGCGUUUUCUCCAUCAGCUAGUUGGGAGAAAGAUGAAGUUGCUGCUUCACACUUUAAUCCAUGCAACUCAGAGCAAAAGGAUUGGGCACCGGCAGAGGCACAGCUGGUCAAUGUGUCGGUCCCUUCUGAGCAUGAUAGCACGAUUGGACCUGUGGAUGACGAAACAUCUCAACAAUCUGCGCUACAUGAGCUAGAAAUGGUUCUGGCCCAGUUAAAUGAUAAGACUAGAAUUUGCUUUCGCGAUGGCUUGUACCGUUUAGCCAGCUAUUCAAGGCAACAUAUAGUAAAACGGAACCAAAAUGGAGAUCUUUACAUGGAAACACCGUGUACCAGUGAAGAUGAGGAAAUCAGGUCUGGAGGAAAGAAAACAAACGAAAUGGAGACCAACAGCAUUGACCGAGCCAUUGCAAACCUCAUGUUCAGUAAGAUGGACCUAAAUAUACAAGAUUUUCAUGUCUCGGCAUCAGCAAGUUCCAAGCAAGGAAUUUCCAGAGAAACUAAGCCCCUAAACUGCAGCUUGGAUCAGCCAGAAGGCCAUGAUCUCUCUUCCUACCCAAUUUUCCGAGAUGAUGCUGAGGUUCCGAUCCUUGGUCAGGGAUAUCCAUAGAUAAGAGCAAAUCCUGGCAAGCAUACCUGAAGAAACCCUGGAGAGAAGAUUUUGUGUCUAUAUUGUAAUGUUUUUCAAAAGUCGAACCAGGAAGAGGACUCAGGGGACAGUCCAUUGAAUAAGUAGUUGUAUCCAUAGAAAAAGCUUGAAAAAUUCUCUAGAGGUGUUCCACUCAUAUGUAUAUACUAGGAUUGUAUAUCAUUCGUGUGAAUGGUUAGAUGCUGGGUCGGACAACUCGCUGCAUCCGCUCAGCUCAGUUUUGGUAGGUGCAUAUAGAGACCAGUUCAGAAACUUUUGACUUAUCCGUUGAAUAUACUCCGUGGUGUAAAUGUCCAUGUUUUUGCCUACUCGAGCUCAGCAACGCUGAGGAGGUUCUUGGUUUUAUUGUUGUUUCAGGCUUCAGGGGUGCCAUUUGAUAGUUGCUUUUGAGACCUUUGUGUAUGAUGUAGUUUCUUUAUUGGCCCUUCAUUUCCCCGGUUGUUGCAAUUUCCUAAUAUAUUUAUCAUUGGAUUUAUUGCUGCAA